CACCCAUUACCCACUCAAGUCCCUGCAGUUGUGCGUUUUGUAUUCUAGUCCUCUCAACCCCCUUUCCUACUGUCAGAGUCAGUUCUCACUUUUUAUACUUUUCACUUAGCUCUCUCUCUCUCUCUCUCUCUCUCUUCGGAAUUUCAUCAAACAGUUGGUAACCGUCGAGGAGGGGAAGAGAACCUCUGUUCGACGCAAGAUGUCGCUGCGGCCGAACAGCAGGGCGGAGGUUCGGAAGAAGGGCUACAAGACAGGUGUCGACGCGGAGGAUGCUCGGCGGCGGAGGGAGGAUAAUUUGGUCGAGAUCAGGAAGAACAAGCGCGAGGAUAGUCUCCUCAAGAAGCGGCGUGAGGGUCUCCCUAACGGCAGCUUUCCGCAGCAGCCGCAGCUCUUCGAUCCAUCUCAAACCCCUGCCGCCAUCGAGAAAAAGUUAGAAAGUAUUCCAUUGAUGGUACAAGGAGUCUGGUCUGAGGAUCCUAAUGCUCAACUGGAAGCAACUACACAAUUCCGAAAGCUUUUAUCAAUUGAACGAAGCCCUCCAAUCGAUGAGGUGAUUAAAGCUGGGGUCAUACCUCGGUUUGUUGAGUUCCUUGGAAGGCAUGAUCUGCCUCAGCUGCAAUUUGAAGCUGCAUGGGCUUUGACAAAUGUUGCUUCUGGAACAUCUGAACACACACGAGUUGUAAUCGAACAUGGUGCUGUUCCUAACUUUGUGCAACUUCUUAGUUCUGCCAGUGAUGAUGUUCGAGAGCAGGCAGUUUGGGCUCUUGGCAAUGUUGCUGGGGAUUCCCCAACUUACAGGGAUCUUGUCCUUGGGCACGGUGCCCUUCUCCCACUGCUUGGUCAGUUAAAUGAUAAAUCAAAGCUCUCCAUGCUCAGAAAUGCGACAUGGACCUUGUCGAAUUUCUGUCGUGGGAAGCCACCCACUCCUUUUGAGCAGGUGAGGCCUGCAUUGCCUGUUCUUCAGCAACUUAUCCAUUUGAAUGAUGAGGAGGUUCUGACCGACGCUUGCUGGGCACUUUCUUAUCUUUCUGACGGAACGAAUGACAAAAUUCAAGCUGUGAUUGAGGCGGGUGUCUGCCCACGCCUUGUGGAGCUUUUGCAACAUCCGUCACCUACCGUUCUUGUGCCUGCUCUUAGGACUGUGGGAAAUAUUGUCACUGGUGAUGAUGCUCAGACACAGUUUGUGAUAGACAACCAAGUCCUCCCGUAUCUCCAACAACUUCUUACCCAAAAUCAUAAGAAAAGCAUAAAAAAAGAAGCUUGCUGGACAAUCUCUAACAUCACUGCCGGAAAUAGAGCUCAAAUCCAGGCUGUCAUUCAGGCAGAUAUCCUUCUUCCUUUAGUGCAACUUCUUCAACAUGCGGAGUUUGACAUAAAGAAAGAGGCUGCAUGGGCUAUCUCCAAUGCCACAUCAGGUGGAUCUCCAGAGCAGAUUAGAUUCUUGGUGAGUCAAGGUUGCAUCAAGCCACUAUGCGAUCUCCUAAUCAGUCCAGACCCAAGGAUCGUUACUGUAUGCCUGGAGGGGCUCGAAAACAUAUUGAAGGUAGGCGAGGCGGAUAAAGAAAGCGGCCUCAAUGGAGGAAUCAACAUAUAUGCACAAAUGAUUGAUGAUUGCGAAGGAUUGGACAAAAUCGAGACCCUGCAAAGCCAUGACAACAAUGAAAUAUACGAAAAGGCCGUUAAAAUAUUAGAGAAAUACUGGGCUGAAGAAGACGAGGAUCAAAAUAUUGCAGAUGCUGGUGUAGAUGGCAAUAACAAUCAAGGUUUCAACUUUGGCAACAAUCAGCCGAAUGUUCCUAACGGUGGCUUCAACUUUGGUUGAAAAAGGUUUCCCUUAUACAUCAGCCUUCUAUCUUUCUUUCAGUUUCGAACCGUGUUUUGAGUGUUGGAACUUAAAACGGCUUUCUCUGUGUGUUGUGUCUCGUUGUUCUGAAUUUGUUUUUGUCUUUUUUUUUUUCAUUUAUCGUUCCAUUUGCAAAGAGAAUACUUAUGGGCUCUUACCUUGUAUAUCUAGGUUGUGGACUUGGUAGUCUUGUUGUGUUUCCAAGGGGAAUCUUCUUUGUUUUUUAAAAGUUUCAGCUAUCACUAGAAUCGUCGUAAUCGUAGUGUAUGUUUUUCUUUCAUGGUGAGAACAUUUUUUUCUCGACUCUGAUUGCUUGUCACUUGAAUGGUAAAACUAUUGCCUCAGCCGAAAAGAAAGUAGGCUCAAAAGCGGUCUUUGA